GCCCCACACACUAGUGCACUCGCUACUAGUAGCAGCUCAAGAAGGACAGAAGAACUGUGCUCGUUGUUUUCGCAGAUCUCACCUCGUUACUGUUCACAGAGAGCACUUGUCUUCGUCUGUAAACAGAGCACGUUGUGCGUCAGACGGGAUGGUUUGCUUUGAGAGCUGUUAGAGCUCAGGAUUUGUAUUUCCUCCUGAUGUGCUGGUGAACCUCGACACAAUGAAGUCAGAUAUAUCAUACGGAAAGAUGGUUGAUGAGGAGCUAAGCAGAGGAGAAACACAUCUGGGCUCACAAAAGUAUUACAGGUGUCUGAUCUUCCUCACCUGUAUAACCACAAUAUUGUUGAUACUCCUGUCACUCCAAACCCUGCUUGUUCCCAUGGCAACAUCCUCCUCCUCCUCCUCCUCAAAAUCAUCUGGACAGCAGGAGCGUCUUCUAAUCAGAGAAACCUGUACUGAUCCCUGCAGGAUUGUUUUAGUGGAGAGUAUUCCUGAGGGACUUGUGUUUAACUCCUCAACCACUCAUCAGUCCAUAUAUGAAGCCUGGCUCAACCUUAUAUCUGGUGCUCAAACCAGUCUGGACAUCGCCUCCUUCUACUGGACUCUCACCAAUAACGACACGCACACACACGAGGACACAGCUAAGCAGGGUGAGCAGAUUCUGGAGGAACUAGGGCAGCUCUCGGGGAAAGUCUCUGUCCGAAUUGCAGUCGAUAAACCAUCAGAGGAAAAACCUAUGGAUGACAUUAAUUCCCUGAUUGAUUCUGGAGCUGAUGUGCGGAUGGUGAAUAUGCGAGAGCUGACAUCAGGUGUGCUGCAUACUAAAUUCUGGAUUGUAGAUAAGAAGCACAUUUACAUAGGAAGCGCCAAUAUGGACUGGAGGUCACUAACACAGGUGAAGGAGUUGGGUGCGGUUGUGUAUGACUGCAGCUGUCUUGCUGAGGAUCUUGGGAAGAUCUUCGAGGCUUAUUGGUACCUGAAUCAGACCAAGACCGUUCCUGCACACUGGCCCAAAAAAUACUCCACCCUGUACAACAAGGACACACCCAUGCAGCUGUCACUCAAUGGGACUGACACCAGCGUCUAUCUAUCAAGCUCUCCUCCUUCACUGUGCGCCGAGGGCCGGACUCCAGACCUGCAGUCUAUCCUCAGCGUGAUUGCUGAUGCCCAGCAGUUCGUCUACAUCGCUGUGAUGGACUAUCUCCCCACUAUAGAGUUCUCCAGCCACAAAAGGUACUGGGCAGAUAUUGAUACCCAGCUGCGGAGCGUGGCUUAUGAGCGUAAUGUUCGAGUGCGUCUGCUGAUCAGCUGUUGGGAGAAUACCAACCCCAUCAUGUUCCCUUUCCUCCAUUCGCUAGCUUCCUUACAGGACAAGAGCAAGCUGGACAUUCAAGUGAGAAUUUUUACUGUGCCUGCCACCCCUCAACAGAAACAAAUUCCCUAUGCCAGAGUCAACCACAACAAGUACAUGGUCACAGAUAGAGUUGCUUACAUAGGCACGUCUAACUGGUCAGGUGACUACUUUGUGAACACCGCUGGAUCUGCAUUAGUGGUGAACCAGACUUGGGCUCGGUCCACAACCUCCACAGUCCAGGAGCAGCUGCAGGCAGUGUUCGAGAGAGACUGGGACUCUCCGUACAGCACCGACAUCAACCACAGAACCAACCGCAGAGACGUGUGCUAGACCAGGCUUUGUGCCUUCACGCUGGAGAGAGUGUUGCAUUUGCUGGGGGAUGGUUUCAGGGCAUAUACUCUAAAAUACCAGCUUCCCUGGCCAUCUUUCCAUGAGCUACUUUUGCACUCAAUGAUGAUGAUGUCACGCUCACCUCUGACCAGUUGCAUAGAUUUUGCACAAAAUGUAUUUUAAAUGACAAUGCAAUGCAAUACCUGUUAACAGAAACACUUUCCUGUUGAUUAUUUCUAACAUGGUUUUUCAGGAGAGAUCGUAUUUUCAUUGAUUCAAUGUGUUGUUCAUAGCUGCUUUCUCUUCCUAAAGUGAUUUAAAAAUCAUCUCAACAGUAUUCAUGUUUUAAAAAAUCAGAUCUGACUUCUCGCAGAAGCAGGAUUUAAUAACCAGUCUAUUGUCAUGAACGUGUCUGAACACAUUUGUUGCCAGCAGCUCUUGACUGUUUUAAUGCACUCACACCACACACAUGUUUUUUUUCUUCAUGACUAGCAAGGUGAGAAAUUGUGAAGUGUGUGGGUUUUUUAUUAGGUCUGUUAAUAUGGAAGUGAAAAUGUCUUGGCAUUCGUGUAAAAGAGUCAUUGCCAGACAUGUUCAUCAUUAUAAAGAGGAACAGUGAGUAGAGAUGAGGGAUGUGUGAGUCGGUUUUAAACUUUUAUUUUUUUAAAUUACGCACACUUCAUUGCCUGUGAACCUUAAAGCAUUUUCAAGGGAGUUUCUUUUCAAAUUAAGUUCAUUUUACAUUUGACAUCUCUUUGUUUCGGGAGCUGCGUGUUUUAUGAAAGUGUAAACUGUCUCAAAUAAAGAAACACUUGGGCAA